AUGAAGCUCGUUAGAUUUUUGAUGAAGUGCGCGAACGAGACGGUGACAAUCGAGCUCAAAAAUGGCACCAUCGUCCACGGCACCAUCACAUCGGUCUCGCCGCAGAUGAACACAGCACUGCGCACUGUUAAGAUGACGCCCAAGGGCCAGGACGCCGUCUCGCUUGACACGAUGAACAUUCGCGGCUCGACGAUCCGAUACUUUAUCCUGCCCGACUCGCUGCCGCUAGACACCCUACUCAUCGACGACGCGCCGAAACCCAAGAACAAGGCGCGCAAGGAGGCAGACCGCGGUACCGGCGGGCGCGGCGGCAGAGGCGGCCCCAGAGGAAGGGGAAGGGGCGGCGGUCGCGGUCGCGGUCGCGGACGGGGUUAA